ACUUAAGAAAAAAGAAGUGAUUUGACUUCCGAUCGAGGAAAUAGACCCGUUCCCGUGUACUGUACAUCUGGUGGAUCUACUGCUGUAAAAGUUGAAACUCCACCUCUUGUGAAAGCUAGCAACGAUCAUCAUGGAUUUUCCCUUCUUUGCCAAAAACAAAACUUUUCGUCCGAAGAAGAAAUUUGAGUCCGGCACGAUGCGAUUCAACCUGCACAAGAAGGCACAAGCAUCGCUAAACUCUGGCCUUGAUCUUAAAGUCGUGGUCAAGCUACCCGCAGAAGAAGACUUCAAUGAUUGGCUUGCAGUGCAUGUGGUGGACUUUUUCAACAGAAUUAACCUCAUUUACGGGACAGUUUGCGAGUACUGCAGUGCGGAUACAUGUCCUAUUAUGAGUGGGGGUCCCAGGUAUGAAUACAUGUGGAUGGAUGGGGAGAAGUACAAGAAACCGACUGCUCUACCAGCCACAGAUUACAUCAACAAGCUUAUGGACUGGGUAGAACAACUCAUCAACAAUGAGAACAUCUUCCCUAUCAACACAGAUGUGAGUUUCCCUAAAUCGUUUGUCUCCACAUGCAAGAAGAUACUAACAAGAUUACACAGAGUUUUCAUCCAUGUCUACAUCCAUCACUUUGAUAAACUUGUCGAGAUCGGAGCGGAAGCACACAUAAACACAUGCUACAAACACUUCUACUUCUUCGUACACGAGUUCAACCUUGUGGAUUCAAAGGAGCUAGAACCGUUGAGAGAUAUGAUCCACAAAAUCUGCAUAUGAGCGCCCUUAUGACCCAUGACCCUUCCUCCUGAUCCAGCAACUAGGAAUAGCAACAACAGCUCAUUGAGAUAGCAUCUGACCUUUGAACUUUGACCUCUCAUGUCACUAUUGUCUAUAUGUGAUGGUUCCCUUCUGGAUGUACAUUUGAGUGCCCUCUCAUCAAAUAACCCUUCUUCCUAGAACCAACAACAAGAAAUAACAGCCAUAGCUAUCCAUGAUCGCAUCUCACCUUUGAACUUCGAACUUUGACCUCACAUGUCACUAUAUGUGAGGGCUCCUGUUUGCAUGUACAUUUGAGUGCCCUGUCAUCAAAUAACCCUUCUUCCUAGAACCAACAACAAGAAAUAACAGCCAUAGCUAUCCAUGAUCGCAUCUCACCUUUGAACUUCGAACUUUGACCUCACAUGUCACUAUAUGUGAGGGCUCCUGUUUGGAUGUACAUUUGAAUGUCCUCUCAUCAACAACCCUUCUUCCUAGAAACCAUAGCUCUCCAUGAUCCCACCUUUGAACUUUGACUUGACAUCUGCUAAGAUGAACACGACCUCUGAACUUUGACCCUUUAUGUCACUGUUUAGAAAGUCUCCCGUGAAAUGUGCAUGUGAGUGUUCCUGCAACUUUUUCAACAGUAAUGGAAAGGUGAAAUCUAAUCCAGAAAGCCACUGCAAAACCAUAAAUUCUUGGGACAUGAAACUGCCCAUUUUCACAGAAGAAUCUUUCUAGAAUGGCAUAAAUCUAGUGUUGUAUCAAUUUUUGCAAUGAUAUUUCGGCAUGAUACUUUUCUGCUUAUAAUCUGAACCACUGGCAAAAUAUCGCAAAGAACGUCAUGCACUCAGGAGUUUCUGUUUUUUUCGUAACCUAGAUAUUGUCCCUAUUUGUGUAAAGGGUCUUCAACACGAUCUAGAAAUAGCUUCUGCGAAUGUCUAAUUUGCUAUUUCCUUUUGCAGAACUAUCUUAAAUUAUGAAAAAAUAUCAUCACAGUUUUUUAGUUCCUUUUCAAACUAUAGCUCUAUUUUUCAUGCUUUUGAUACAUGUAGUUAAGAUUCAGUAUGUGAAAAUAAAUACUCAUGAUAUGCUAUACAGACCAUGCCUUGGUAUUUAUUGAUGUAGCCGAAAUUUUAGUUAAGGUUUUGAGACAUUCACAUUCAGCCAUUAUUUAUCGCUUUUCAUCAUGAAGUUCUUCAGGCCAUAACCUUUAACAUUGUAUAGGUCAAAGGUCAAUGUAUACUCAAAAGGUUAUGCAUAAUCACAAACACCCUGUGGCUGUGAUAUCCUUGUAAACAAAAGUUUUUCUUAUUGUAAUGUAAGUCCAUUAUAUCAAGACUAAUGUUAUUGCAAUUAUGGCAGUCAUCUGUAAAGUUUGAGAAUUACUGAAGUAAUACUCCAUGAUAUGAAAAUAUCACCCCUAUGUAUUGUUCUGUAAAGACAGAAUAUCACAGACUUGUCUGUUCAGAGCGAGAAGGGCAUUAACUCUGUAUUAAAGUAUAUGAGUUAAUGGCCUUCUGGCUUCAAACAGAAUGAUUUGUACUAAACAGGAAAGAGUAAAAACUUCAGGAAAGGAAACAUGUUUGAAGUCCAGUUUGAAUGUCUACCUUUCAUCGACAGAUUGUGACUUGACUUGUUGUUUGGUGUAAAUCUGUUCUAAACAAGUCGACUUUCUGUGAACACAUCUACUGUCAAAUUUCAAAGGUGCAUCCAGAUACAGUGGAACUUUGUUGUAACCUUGUUAUAUCAGGAAUCUUAUAUCAGGUUAUAAAACAUAAGAAUAUAAAGAGCUGGGGCCAGCAAAAUCAUCUUGUUAUAUCAGUGCUCUUUAUAACGAGGUUCCACUGUAUCUUUUAAGAUUCUAAAUCCAGGUGUUCAUCAUGCGUUUAGAGGCAACGACCUUGUAUUGUUUUUCCUAAAGUGUAAGGUGUAUUUAAGGAGUUACUUUGGGACAAGAAAUACUUAUGGUUUCUAUCCUUUGGACAGACUGGGUGGUGUUAUGAUUGGUGUUUGUGUUCGGUGUUAAUGUUUGGAGCCAUGUUAUCUGACACCAUGCUCAAAAACAUAUGUGUGAUGUUACACAACACCUACUAAAGUGUAUAAUUAUACACCAAAGCUAAUGGUCCAGUGCUGGUGUGAUGUGUUGACUCUACACAUGAAGUAUAGUCUUAUCACCUUCAAUACCUAACACCUAUCAUGAUACACUGAAUCACAGACACCUACAUUGAUUGGUGUUUGGUGCUUUGAUGUAGCAUUUAUCUGAAGCCAUGCUAGAAGCCAUGUGAGUGGUGAUAAUACACAACACCCAUUUUAUACAAGCCUGAACAUAAAGUGUAUGAUAAUACACCAAAGACUUGACACAAACACCAAUCAUGAUAUCCCUAAUGUACAUACAACCCCCAUGUAGUCAUAACUUGCCAUCAUAUUAGAAAAUAUAUCUUGAGGAGAAGAAACCUUGUAAACCAUUUUUUUCCAUCACUUAUGAACUUAUAUUUUGUAUAUUUUGCCUUUCUUUCAAUGAUCUAUUCUCUGUUAUGUUUUUUUUAUCGAUGUUCGAUUUUUAAUGAUUUCUUUUUCUUCACACAAUCGUAUAUUGUUUCUUACCUAUUUUUAGACAGAGAAUGGUAGAUACUUUUUUUGAAAAUAAUCAUUUGAAAGAUAUUGUUGCAAUCUCAGUUGUAAAUUGACACCAUCUUGAUGACUUGUUUUUGCUGUGGCAUUGUGAUGUCACAGUAAAGGUUUGUGGCAGUAUGAUGUCACAGUAUAGGUUUGUGGCAGUAUGAUGUCACAGUGCAGGUUUGUUACAUUGUGAUGUCACAGUAUAGGUUUGAGGCAUUGUGAUGUCACAGUAUAUGUUUGUGGCAUUGUGAUGUCACAGUGAAGGUUUGUGGCAUUGUGAUGUCACAGUGAAGGUUUGUGGCAUUGUGAUGUCACGGUGAAGGUUUGUGGCAUUGUGAUGUCACAGUAUACGUUUGUGGCAUUGUGAUGUCACAGUAAAGGUUUGCUGUGGCAUUGUGAUGUCACAGUGAAGGUUUGUACAUGUACUUGUGUGGUGUUAGGGUUCGUAUAGAGUGAUUACAAUCUCCCCACUUUGUUAGAUAAUUUUUUUUGUAAGGGACUCUGAUAUUUAUUUGUAAAAAACAAACUUCAAGAGGAAAAUAUUAAAACUGGUAUGUAAUGAGCAUGAAAGUUGAAUAGAGGUAGUCUGAAAAAAACCAGACUCGGUUCAAUCCAUUUUCAGAAAACAUGUAAUUCCUCUUUAAAUCUGGCAAUUCUGUGGAAUGUGGCAUGUCCUUUCCCAUUUCUUUCAACCAAAAAUGAGAAAUCUAUCCACUUGCCCUUUUAAUAAUGUUGCUGAUACCAGAAAGAACCGUUUUUUCAUUAUUGGUCAAGAGAUUGAUAAAAUUUUUUGGAUGAACGAAAUGGAUCAAAUCAUAUGUUUUGGGGGACAUAUAUCAUGGACCAUUUAAGGAUACUUAUUUUGCAUCAUGGAAACCACACAAGGCUUAUGUAAAGUGACUUCAUUCUAUUAUGGUAUUAGUAUGCCUCACUUUAAAAAAAAAAAAAAUUGUUUUAAUCAUUGAAAUAUUAUCAAAUGUGUAUGAACCGUUUUUGUGGGAGGAGGAUUAGACUGUAUUGCAUCAUUUUUGUGUAUUUUUCAACUAGAGAUAAAAGUAUUUUCAUAAUUCUGAUUUUUAUGUACAGAAAAAAAAUGAUAACAUUGAUCAAGACUAAUUUGCAAUUCUUAAUGUAUGGUAUAGUCUGUGUUUCAAUGUAUUGUGAUGUAUUAUAUUUGUAUGUGGCAAAGUCUUACGCUUUUCCGGAAAUGUGCUUGUCAGAAACUUCCUCAAAUUUGCCUCUGAAAUUUCAUCUUUUUCUUCAGUUGUACGUACGUCUAUAUCGCUAUACAUGUACAUGUACCUGUUUUACUGGUUCAUGUAUUUGCAAAUAUCUUCAUGUACAUUUCCUGCAUUUAUCAAAGAAAAUAAUAUUUAUUUAUUCCUUUUGUUCUGGAAAUUUCUGGAGACGUUCUACAAAUAAUUUGAAUUAUGAUGAGAUUAAUUUGUGUGUAGUUCACAUAAUUUUGAUUCCAUAGUAUAAUAAUGCACCCACUGCACGUAUUUACAUUGCAAAAAAAAUUAUAUGAACAAAUAAUCUUUUAAAUACCCGGUAGUGAAUAUGAUAUGAACAGUUUAUGUCAUGUCAGUCACAGAUUUGUUUGUGAUUAGUACAAUAUACUAUGAAACCAGAGGUUUUUGUGAUGUGAAACUUUGCUAUUUGUAACCGACAGCAAUAGUCUUGUUUGAAAGUUUUUGCAAAUCUGAACAACUGUUGAAAUUUGCACACAUUUCCUGUGUAAACCAAAAUCUGGGACCUGUUUCACAAAGCCUUUUUUUCAAUGUCUAAUGACAAAAACCAAUAACCAAUCAGAAGCUAGGACUUAAGUAGCUUGUAACAAAAACUGUCACAUGUCACUGAUGAUCAGUUUUGUGAAACACCCCCUCAGUAGUGCAUAUGUGCUCCCUGCAAAAUUCAUGCAAAUGUAAGUGGAAUUAUUUAUGGCGCUGUAACGUGUACAUGUAUUGGUAUUGUAAAGGGAAAAUGUCAUUGAAUUGUGUAUCCCGUGUGCUCUAGACUCACGUUAUUUAUGUUAUUUUUAAUAUUCUUUUUCACUUUUCUUUGCACUUUAAUCCAAAGCAUCUUAGAGUCACCUUUUAAUGCUGUUUGUGUGUAAUAUUUUGAUGCAAAAUGCAAUGAAUUUGACAUAAUAUAUGACCAGAAAAAAGCUAAAAUCACAGACUUUUUUUUAAAACACCGUUUCUGUUGCAGUAUAAUGUUCAUAAAAAUUGACGAUGCAAUGUGGAAUCAAUUGAUAAUCUCUAUUUUCUUGUACAAAUUGGCAGGGGAUUUUUGGUUGCAUUUUGUAACAUAUCUUUCAUGUUAUAUACAUUUUGAUGAAAAUUAAAUACUGGUAAGCCCUUAAGUUGUAACUUGUAAAGUAGUUGUAAUGAAAACCAUCUUUUUUUAAAGGCCAUAUUAAGACAUGUUGCACCAUAAAAGCUGAAUUUAGAUCACAAAUUGAUAAACAAGCAUCUUAGCUUGGCUAUAUAGAAAAGGAGAGAGCAAAUUUUUAUUAAUCUACAUUUAUUUUCAAAUCGUCUACCUUUUUAUGUAAAAUUUGUUACAGAGUGAACAUUAAGCAAAGUAAAAGUGAAAACUAAAUUUGUGUGUAAGCUGAUAUGUAAUGAUAGAAGGGGGAUGGGGGGAGGGGGUGGAUACAUCUGACCUGUGCUACCCCCACCAGUUUGAAGUACACAAACCCCUAACAUUUGGUUACUUUUUAAAUUGUCAACUUUGUUAUUUACUCAAGGAAAUUUUAAUAUCAUCACAUUGUGUUUAAAUAGGUAGGUAUCAAGAUCGUCUGCUUCACAACAAUUUGAAGAACAAAAAUCAGAAGUCAAAUUUGACAUGCACUUUUAAUUUGUUGAUGUAUGACUUAAGUACCGGUAUAGAAAUGUAGCAAUAAAAUUGAAAUAUACGAGUUGCAAAUUGGAAAAUGAAAAAAAGUAGAUAUAUGGUUUUACCCCAGACUGGAAAUGGUUCAUUUUAGUGAAAUACUGUAGGUGACAUGUAUCUUUAAAGAUUUUAUAUUUUGCGUCGAUAAAAACCAAGAUUAUUUGUUGGUUUCUGAUGCGUUCUUUGUCACUUUGGUAGCUUAAAUUUUACGUACAGAAAGAAAUGUGGAGAAAAAAAUGUAAAUACCACAUUGUGUCAUCUUGUACUGAACAUUUUUUUGAAUAACAUUGUAUUUGCAAUUUAUACAAGAA